AACUGCAGCUAACUGUAGCUAACUGUAGGUAACUGUAGCUAACUGCAGCUCACCAACUCGCCAAACUUAGUGUCUCCAGCGUUGUUGUUAUUGAGCAGGGGAACUGGGUUGAACGGUCUUCAAACCAUCGCUCCAUCUUCAGCUAAACACGAGGCUGAAUCGGUUCUACAGCUCCGGGUUCCGUAGUCGCAGAGUUGCCGUCAGAGUUGUUGAUUUGAAACUGCGGAAUCUGUGCUUAGACGCAGGGCCCCCUGUUGGUUGUUUUACUGAUGCAACAUCACUGCAGACUGCCCCCUGCUGGGGUCUUAUUGGCCUUGGUUCAUGGUGGACAGAUGCUGAUGGUGCUGCCCCCUGCUGAUCGGCUUUUUCUUUGUUUUACUGUCAUUUCAGAACAUGUGACUUCCAACGCCAGCGAUAGUGAGAGCAGCUACCGUGGACAGGAAGAGUACGUCUUGUCGUAUGAACCAGUCGUCAGCAGGAAGUCAACUACACUCGCCCCGUCAUCAUCCUUGGACCCAUGAAGGACCGGGUCAACGACGACCUGAUAUCGGAGUUCCCCGACAAGUUUGGUUCCUGUGUUCCACAUACCACCCGGCCCAAGCGAGAGUACGAGGUGGACGGUCGGGAUUAUCACUUUGUGGUUUCCAGAGAGCAGAUGGAGAAGGACAUCCAGGAGCACAAGUUCAUCGAGGCGGGACAGUACAACAACCAUCUGUACGGGACCAGCGUUCAGUCGGUGCGCCAGGUGGCCGAGAAGGGGAAACACUGCAUCUUGGACGUGUCGGGAAACGCCAUCAAGCGCCUGCAGGUGGCGCAGCUCCAUCCGAUUGCUGUCUUCAUCAAACCCAAGUCUGUGGAGAACAUCAUGGAGAUGAACAAACGACUGACGGAGGAGCAGAGCAGGAAAACCUACGAGAGAGCCUUGAAACUGGAGCAGGAGUUCACUGAGCACUUCACAGCCAUCGUCCUGGGAGACUCUCUGGAGAACAUCUACGACCAGGUGAAGCAGAUCAUCGAGGACCAGUCUGGACCUGUCAUCUGGAUCCAGUCCAAGGAGAAACUCUGAACUCCAGCUGCACUCCUCCUGCUCCCCUCUCUGACCUUCUCUUCUUCCUGUUUGUCUCCUUCACCUCCAUCCUUCACCUCCAUCCUUCACCUCCUGGUGUCACCGGGCCAGAACAAGUUUUCUCCUCAUCCCCCCCCCCCCUCCUCACAGUGUCUUCUCCUGAAGGAGUGGAACAGGAAGUGUGAUGACAUCACAGAGGAAGUGGAGGAGUCAGUGAAAGUCCACAAUGUUUCUCUGACACAGACUUUGAAGCAAAAGCGAAACUUUGCACGUUUGAGUUUUAACAGCACGUCACAUGAUUUCCCAUCAGCCCCUUCACCUCAGUGUCUCCUCUUCAUCUCUCCAUCUUUUUUUUUUUUCUAACAUUUGAGUGUAAUGUUGUUUGACAGUGGCCAGCUCUGCCACUGGGGGCGCACUCAUCAUUUCCAUUUCACUGUUAACUUUGGUUUGGUUGUUGUUGAACAUUUUUUCCCAAACGUCACAGUGGCAAAAAAAAGUCCCAGAAUUAAAAAGAAAAAAAAUUUAAAUUUCCUCCAGAAAAAUAUUUUGUAACUUAAACAAAGUUUAUAUUUUUAUUACCGUUCAAAACAUUCAAAUUAUUUUUAGAAAAUAUAAAAAAAAAAAGAAACAUUUAUCAUUGUUUUCCACAGCAGCGCCCUCAUGUGGCAGCAGCUGUGAUUAUGUGAUGCGGUAUAAAGAAACUGCCUAUUUUGUUAUGAAUCAUAUGAUAAUUUAGAUCUGAAAAAAUGGGAAACCAGUUUUUUAUCC